GGCAGCUGUAGCACAUACACUCGCACACAUUCACUCGUAAACGUUUGCGCAAAGAAAAAACACCGAAAAUUUGCAUCUGAAAAAUACGCGUAAAAUUAUUGAAUUAUAAACAAAUAAUUGAAUAAAUACGCUUGAAAAAUGUCGAUCGGUGUACCAAUCAAAGUUCUGCACGAGGCUGAGGGCCAUAUAAUCACUUGCGAGACUAUCACCGGUGAAGUCUACCGCGGCAAGCUAAUCGAGGCAGAGGACAACAUGAAUUGCCAAAUGACACAAAUUACGGUUACAUAUCGAGAUGGACGCACGGCCAAUCUAGAGAAUGUGUAUAUACGCGGCUCGAAGAUACGUUUUCUCAUACUGCCCGACAUGUUGAAGAAUGCACCGAUGUUUAAAAAGCAGACCGGCAAAGGUCUAGGUGGCACAGCGGGCCGCGGCAAAGCAGCAAUAUUGCGAGCACAGGCGCGAGGUAGGGGCAGAGGAACGGGUCCGCCGGGAGGAGGACGUGGUGGUGGCGGCCCACCUGGUGCACCCGGUGGUGGCGGACGCGGCGCAUGGCAAGGCGGCCCAACAGGCGGACGUGGACGCGGCGGCUUGUAAACGAAGGAAGCGAACGGGUGCACAUUCUACUAAUAUAAUUUAAGGGCAUUUAAUCUUAGCGGGCGGGACGCAUAAACAAAAAUACAUAACAUGUUGAAAACCUUAUUAUAAAGUGAAAGAGAACAAAUAAGACGAUAAAAAACUUGAAUUUCAAAAUGUGAAA